AUGGCGUUUCCCAAGGACUACAAUACUUCGUGGGAACGGCCAUCACAAUACUUCACCACCAUCGAUCAGAUCAACAGAUCCAAGCUUAUGUUAUGCGAAGAAACUCUUUUGAUGAGCGUGAAGAUGAUGUCGACCUACCUGGAAAUCACCGGCGACCAUGAAGGUGUUUCCCAAGGCACUGGCGGCAUUACCGGCCGAUGUUUUGAUCAGUAUUUCUGGUAUGCACCUGCUUGCCGGCGCAAUUCGUCAAGUUGCAUUCCUUGCUUUACGGGCGGCACUGGUUGGGGCAGCCUUGAAAUGCUUCAGAAGGCCACUUUUCUGGGCAUACCGUUGGCAUGGAUUACAGCCAAAGACUGGAAUGCUUACUCGGCCUUGCCAAAGGACUAUGAUUCCAUCUUUUAUUGGUGGACACCGGAUCCCACCUUUCUUAGUUUGAAUGCCGAGCAGAUCAUGUUCCCUGCGCAUAAUGGGGUAGAGUGGGCCAAAGGCGAUCACCGGUCUGCGGCCUUUGCAAUUCAAAUCGACAAGUAUAUUAGUCAGGACGGAAGUACUUGA